GAAGAAGAAUAAAGUUCAUGACGUCUUUGCGCGUCGACGGUUUCCGCACGAGCCGCCGAGCAGCAAAGAUCUGGAAGCUUCUGGGGCCGCAAUGAUCAGUUUAUAUUAGCGGUGUUUCUGAUACCCGUGCACGUUAUUAGUACUGCUGCGGGGAAACUGUUUGACACACGGCCGUGUAACGUCUACCGCUAAUAAACUUUGGCACACAGCAUUUUCAAAGAUGGCAGAAGGCAGAGGUAACAGGAAUCACCCCCGCAAUUUGCAAGGUGUGCUUCAGAUGGCUGUGGAGGCCGGUUCUGCUUCUGAAGGUCCUGCUCCACGAGAACCCAUGACAAAAGAGAGGAUGGAGUUUCUGAGAGGAGCUCUUGCAGAAGUGUGUAAAGGACAGAUGGAUGAGGUCGAGCAGAUGAAACAGUGUUUGGCAGUGCUAAGUAGAGAUGAAUGCAGGGGGAGAGGGAGUGAGGAAGAGGAGGAGGAGAAGGAUGAGCGAGAGGAAGUGCUGGAAAUGCUUUCUGAGCUCUGCGAGAACUUGGACAAUGCCAGAGAUCUGAUGAAGCUGGGCGGGCUGGAUUUGUGUAUGUCACGGUGUCUCUGUCACUCCGAGGCCGGGAUUCGAUGGAGGGCGGCUCAGCUUAUUGCCAGCUGUGCCCAGAAUAUGCCAGAGGUGCAGUUCUACCUGCUCAACCAGGGGGCGCUGCUGACACUCCUGCAACUCGCAGAUCACGACACAAACAGCACAGUUCGAGUUAAAGCACUCUACGCAGUGUCCUGUUUAGUCCGGGAACAGGAAGCAGGUCUGCGGGACUUCGUGUCACAUGAUGGCUUUUCAGUGCUGAUGAGGGGGAUGCAGUCAGACAGUGAGAAACUGAGAACUAAAUCAGCAUUCCUUCUGUUAAACCUUCUGACCAGUCAUCCAGAACACAAAGAUACGGUGUUGUCAAUGGGGAUGGUGCAGCAGCUGGUGUCAGUUCUUCGCUCCCCUCAUUCCUCUGUACAUGAACAUGUGCUUGGUGCCCUCUGCUGCUUGGUUGAGGACUCUCCCCGUGGUGUGAACGAUUGCAGAGAUGCAUCGCUUGGCUUGGAGGAACUGCUCAACCAGCGAGUGCAGGACCUAAGGGGGCGAGAGGAGAGCUUGGAAGAGCUGGAAUGUUGUGAAUGUUUACGAGCGGCUUGUUUCCAAGGGCAACCAUUCCAAAGGAUGGAAUGGAAUGGAUCCAUAGACUGUAAAAAAUGUAAAAAUGGAUAG